AGCGAGGUUACGGACUCCUGGUCAUUUUGACUCACUUGUGCCUCCUUGGGUUAGACCCUCCUCUAAGAGCGAGGCAACACCCCUAAAGAGCACUUCAGACACCCCCACCUACUUCAGACACCCCCACCGCACACACGGCACACCCUGCCCCGCAGUCCCACAGCGUGGGCAGUCUUACUUGACUGGAGCUUGGGGUCACAUUCAGUGGGGCACGGAGCCUUGUCACUACAUUGGGCCAUCUUGUCCCAAAAGGCCGUCUCCCGCCCGCCCCGACAAGGCAGAAGAAAUGCUCCGCUCGGAGCCCCACCCUCUGAGCUGUGUCUUUGUGACGCGUAGCUAUGGAAACACCCGGCAGCAUUCCUUUCCAAUGAGGCUCCGGCCCCAAGGCCCAGAGGGUAGAUACUUCACAGGGGUGGGUUGGGGAUGUAUCCCUGGCCUUCACCGGCUUCUCUAGUCCUAGCAAUACUUUCCACGCUAUUGUUUUGUGUACUGGCAAACAGGAGCAAACAGAAAGCUAGUUUCGGGCCGCGUGUACGGGUGCACACGUGUGAGUGUGACCCCAGAAUUAGAAGGCUAAGGUAGGAAGGAGGCCAGACCCAGAAAGAGAUGCCUUGCCUCAAAAUAUUAAAUACCCCAAGUAUUAAAAACACCAAAGUGGACUGUCAGAUCCCCAACGACACAUUUGUGUCCACUCAUAAAUUUCAGUGCAAGCAAUUGUAGGCAACGAGGGCCUGGAAAUUUGCAGGCGCAGGAUCUGGUAUGAGUGGAAAGGCGCUCGGAGGUUCCCUAACAGGUCCCUGCUAGGGUCAACCCAGAACCUAAGCCAGGAAACACUAGGGACGGGCUAAUUACAAAGAAAAACUUAUUUUGCCUUGAGGCUUUUGGGGGGGUGUACAAGUCCAAAGGGGUGUUCAGGCAUGGUGGCACAGGACUGCAUUUCCAGCACUUGGGAGGUGGAGGCUGUAAUGGUCUCUGUCUCUUUUAGAGACAAGCCACGCCCACUUCCUCCCCCAUCAGCUGAGGCAAGCUGAUCUUUAGCUUCCUGCCUUCAGCUUCCUGCCUUCAGCUUCCUGCCUGAGUUCUCUUUUUUUUUCUAGCUCCCUCUCUGAGGCAGCUUCCGGCUCCCUCUUCUCUCCUCUCUCUCGUCACUCGGUCGGGCUGCGGUGCUCCCUCGAGUCCAAGCGUCCUUUUUCGUGUGGCCUUUCUCCGCUACUGCCCGGUGGCAGCAUGGCUGUGUUCGCUGUCGCUCUCCUGUCCUUGCAGGUGAUGGGUGCCUUAGGGAAUGAAUUUAGCAUAUUAAGGUCGCCAGGGUCUGUUGUUUUCCGAAAUGGAAACUGGCCCAUACCAGGAGAUCGAAUCCCAGACGUGGCUGCAUUGUCCAUGGGCUUCUCAGUAAAAGAAGACCUAUCUUGGCCAGGGCUUGCAGUGGGUAACCUGUUCCACCGGCCACGGGCUACCAUUAUGGUGAUAGUGAAGGGAGUGGACAAACUGGCUCUGCCCGCGGGCAGUGCCCUCUCCUACCCUUUGGAGAAUGCAGUUCCUUUCAGUCUCGACAGUGUUGCGAAUUCCAUCCACUCCUUAUUUUCUGAAGAAACUCCUGUGGUUUUGCAGUGGGCUGCCAGUGAGGAAAGAGUAGAUAUGGUGGGGAAAGCAAACUCUGUUUUUGAAGACCUUUCCGUCACAUUACGGCAACUACAUAAUCGUCUGUUUCAAGAAAACUCCGUCCUCGACUCUCUUCCCCUCAAUUCUCUGAGCAGGAAUAAUGAAGCUGACCUGCUUUUCCUUUCUGAACUGCAAGUGCUACAUGAUAUUUCGAGCUUGUUGGCUCGUCAUAAGAAUCUAGCCAAGGAUCAUUCUCCCGACUUGUAUUCAUUGGAGCUGGCGGGAUUGGAUGAACUUGGGAAGCGCUAUGGGGAAGACUCUGAACAAUUCAGGGAUGCCUCUAAGAUCCUUGUGGAUGCUCUCCAGAAGUUUGCAGAUGACAUGUACAGUCUCUACGGUGGGAACGCAGUGGUAGAGUUAGUGACUGUCAAAUCAUUUGACACAUCGCUUGUGAGGAAGUCAAGGACCAUCCUUGAGGCAAAACAAGAGACCACCCCAAAUCCCUAUAACCUUGCAUAUAAGUAUAAAUUGGAGUAUUCAGUGGUUUUCAACUUGGUACUGUGGAUUAUGAUUGGCUUGGCCUUGGCUGUG